AUGUGGUGGCCCUUUGGAUCCUCUAGCGAGAAAGCCGCUCCUACCCCGACCGAGACACAAGCCCCAGCCCAGAAGCCUAAGCCCUGCUGCGUCUGCACUACCGAGAAGGCCGCCCGGGACGACUGUAUGCUUUUUUCGAAGUCCGAUGACCCCGCAAAAGACUGCGUGUCCACAAUCGAGAAAUACAAGACUUGCAUGGCUGGCUUCGGGUUCAAGGUCUAA